CUAACACACCUGGAGAGUAAAGUUCUGCAAUCCUAGUGGGAGUUUACAGUGGGAAGGCAUGUCGAAAAAAAAAGAUCAAAUACUGAGGGCGUUUAUCUUCAAGGACUGAAAGCAGGCAGCUAAGCAGGAGUGCAGAAAAGGAAGAGACUACACAACAUCAUUUCCAUACACUUCAUACUUCUCUGUGUCAGAGCUGUGUGUUGUGCUCUUCCCUCCAACAGCUGAACAAGCCCCAUCAUGUCAGCAGAGAGUUUGUCAAGGUGUGCAGGUACCAGCCACAGCCUAGUUUCCUGACAGAGACGAGUGUGCAUGUGUAGGAUUAAACCAUCCCGUAUUUGCUCAGCAGCACAGUGAGUUUCUUGUGGAUGGGGUUCUGCUUUUAAGUUACACUUAAACUAAAGGAAAUACAAGGACUUAUACGGAUAUAUAAAAACACUCAAGUCCAUCUCAAGCAGAUCAGCCAGGAUGCCACUGAGGACCUCUUUGUACCGAAAACAAGCUUCUGGUCGCUGGCCCAGGAGGAGUUCCAAGCGCAGGGAUGUGCUGUCUGUCAACAUGAUUAGCCUGCCACUGGCUGAUUUCCGCCACAUCUCACAUAUUGGCAAUGAUGUGCAUACAGACAGCUUUGGGGACUUGUCCUUCCUAACGAAGGGACAUAGUUUGCUCCUGCAAAGCUCCCAGAGUGAGCAGAACCUCUUCCUGGCCUGUUCUCCACCACCAAAACCCCCUCGUCUCAACCUGGAUGAGGGCGGGGCCCCAGACAGCCCUGACUGGCCCCUGGGACACCACCACAGCACCUCCAACAAGAGGAAAAAAUGCAGCUCUAUGCCACUGCUGGACAGCGAGGAUGGAGAGGAGAUGGAAAGGGAGGAUGAGAAUCAACAUGGGAUCAUGGCUGGCCCCAACCAGGUUCACAGCUGUGGACAGGGCAACUUGAAUUCAGGGAGAGCCGGCGACUCGACCUGUCCAAACAACACCACAGGUCAGCAUAAGGAGGAAGACAGUGGCUUUUCCUUCAGCUUGGACCUGGGACCCUCCAUCCUGGAUGAUGUCCUCCAGGUAAUGGAGAAGCUCCAUUAUUAAAGGAGAUGGCGGCUACAUCUUGGCUUUGCAUACAGAACAACCAUGUAAUGGAAGUGAUUGAAUUCAACGCCCUCCGACAUGCGUGGGAUGGGACAUGUGUAGGGAAAAGAAUAGCUCUGAUAUUAUGGACAAAGCGGUGUCCCCUGACUGAAAGAGGUUGCUGUGAUUCAUAUAAAUAUGGAGACAUUUGUUUCUGUGACUGCAUACCAGGCAGUAAAAAAUGACAUCAGCUUUAUGGGACACAAAUCUAUUCCAGGCUCGAUUAAGUGGACAGGAAUUUCUGCUUCAAGACUUUUUUUUCCCCCCAUAUUUCGUUGGAAAAGUGAAUCAGAUCAUAUCAGUUAACAUCUACAAUGAGUGACGUACAUGUCCGGAUUCCCAUGUACGGUGUCCAUUUAUUUAGGUGUUUCCAUAGCAGUGCACUCUAGUCAAGAGGCUUGUUUAAAGAGUAACCAGUCCCCUGUCAAGGGUUAAACCAUAGAAGGACACGGACACAAAGUUAAUGUUCUUCUAGCGUCACUACUUAUAGAGGCAGAUACACUCUUUAAGUUAAUAAUUGAGCUCCCUCUCCUGUCACACUCCAAGCCAGGCAUUUUCAGCCUCUCUAACUUUCCUCCUUCCCCGUUCAAAGCCCCUAAACCACUUGUCAGAACACUGAAGAUGACUUUUAAGACUUAAAGAGUGUUAUGUCUAAGAAAAGAAAAGCUGUGGCUGGAAUCCAAGGUCGUCGAGCUGUGACGUCUUGACUCUUGGCAUGCCUGCCAUUCUAUUGUGUGCAGAGGGCAAUUUCUCCUCCGCACGCAUCCCAGAGGCCCCACUCAAAGGUGGACCAAGGUACCCCCCAUCUCUCCUUCCCAACAAUACAGUGAAAACAAACACUUAGCUCUGCUUCCAAUAAAAGCCAGCCAGUGGUGGCAGGUCGGGCUGCAACCCAAGCCAGGCCGCAGGUCCAAGACCUCAAAAAAAAAAAAAAAUGCCAGAAGGCUGUUUUUUAGCUGUAAAUUGGAGUCCCAUGCUCUGGAGAGUGGUGCAAGAGAAAGAAAGUGGUAAGGCGUAAAGUGAUACUUCCACAUGUGCAGGGGGUGUCGAGGGAGGGGGACCAGAGACAUCCAUUACUACAGCAAGAUUCCUGAUGAGGGUUUAAACACUACCUGCUGAACAAACAGACCCCCAACACGCGAGAAAUGCACGCACGCAUAUACACUGGCACACAAGUGGAGGGAAACACACACACACACACACAGACAUCAGCGCACAUGCUUAUAUACAGAUUUGUGCAUGCUACCCUGUCCAAUCCAGGACCCUUUACCCAGGACAGUCCAGACAUACUCCCAGAGCAGGGGACUGUCAGGAGAGGAUGUGGGGGCAAAGCGGCUACAUUCCUAGGUGCCCCUUGGGCAAUACUGCACAAUCCACUAACCACCAGUGCCCUGCUGCUCGCAAAUGUCUAGCAAUAGAUUUAGUCCUCUGAGUACAACCAAACAGAAACAGUUAUGUUUGUGGGUACAUCUGUGCUGUAUAUCUGUUUUUGGCAUCCCCCUUUCUAAACUGGAUAGCAUUGCCCCUGUUUAUUGUAUGUUUUAUGAAAAUAACACAUUGUGAAACAUUUUUUGUAUUGAAAUAUGUACUGUUUCGUAUUUUUGGGAAGUAAAAGAAAAAAAAAAAACUUUUAAAUUCCAAGACUGGUGGUUUUGGAGAUAGAAUUGCUUGUGUCAACGUUUUAGAGAGCUUGGAUAAAGAUUGUUUACACACCCUGAUGGUCUGACAUUUGUUUGGCUUUCUAACAGUCAGGAGCCGCCAUGGAGGCAAUAAACCUUGUCUGUCACUUACACCUAACUGUAUCUAGAAGAAUUGUAGACUUGGGCUAUGCAAGACAACAAGCGGCACAAUAUUACAUGCCAGGUAGAGAGACACACAAGCCUAUAUUAGACAGGCAUGUCAAACAAGGUUUCAUUUAGAGACCAAGUAUUGCAGUGAACUGAACCUUGAAGCAAUUCCUGGGUAGUUUGUCAUGCACUGCACUGAGGCACACCUGCGUCACAAAAGUGGUGGCAUUCAGUCGUUAAGUAGGGUGUGUCCGCACUUUGUCAGCCUUUUCUAUCAGGAUACUUGUAGGACAGGACAAAAGGGCAGGACAAAAGCCAUUCAUUCAUCCAGGCUUUACUUUGAAGAGUACUGCCCAGUCCUGAUACAAUAGGUGUUAUGAUCAAAGCCUCACAUCAUUU